CCAACAGAAAUACAAGCGAAAAGACCGACAGUCUACUGCUUAUCGCUGUUUGAAUAACUCGGUCGACAGUUCAUCUGCAGACUCGUCAAAGUUCUCCUCGGAGUCAGGCAACCAUUUCCGAGUACUUAUUGUCGAAAUAUUUAUAAUAAACCGAUCGUUAGUUCAUGUAUUUUGAAAGUAAAGAUACUAUACGAAUAAUUAGUUGUGCUCGGACCUAAGUGGUUGUACUAAUCGCAUCAAUUCAAGGACUGUAUACUGUUUUUGUGACAAGAGUGAAAAAAUAAUCCGUUGUGCUUAGAUAAAGCUGUGCCAGGCGACUUAAUCAGUGCUCUGGAGACAAUUCAGUAAUUCUAAUUACCAACAUGUUGAAAAAGUAUUCAAGUUGACAAGUGUAGUGAAGUCGUUACCAUUAACUCAUUAAUAAUGAAAUUCCACGUUGUUUUGCUUUUGUUAUUAUGCGCCCAGAGCUGCCUCGCUCAGUACUGGAGCGAAGUUCGGAGAUACGCUGCAAAUUUCGAUGGCCUCAAUAAUGGCGAUCAAACGGAAAAAGUAGAGAGUAUCCUAAGCAGACGCCUCCGGUCUACCGUUUCCUACGAAGACUCGGAGGAUGCGGAAGUAGUUUAUGAUGAAAAUGAAAGGCCGCGGGACAAACGUACUUUGGGUUUCAUCGUCCGGGGUCUGGCGAAUGCUUUGGGUUACACCUUGACACCAGUCCAGGUUGCUUCGCUUCCCAAUCCAUCCCCAUCGUCUCAGACUCCGCCUGCACCGCCCGCAGUACCAGUCGCCCCUGCAAAACCAGCCGCAGCACCGGCAGCUCCACCGAAACCCGCUGCGCCAGCAGCACCUUCGCGUCCAAAGUCUGUUCCGCGCUCGUUGCCACCUCAACCGACACAACGGGAAACCAUUAGACUUACGGGAGUUGUCAAUUUCGGUGCAAACGCGAAUAAUAAUCUUCCUGGACAACUGGUUCAGUACGAGCAGCUUUUCCACGGAAAUAGUGCAGCUGGAGCUCCUGCAUCUGCACCGGCACCGGCUCCCGCUCCUGCACCAAAGCCAACCUUGGCGAAAAUACCAAGUCCAAUAGUUCCCAACCUAAUUCCGUUACUGCCACCCACCCGCACGCCUUCGACGACUUCAGGAACUCUACCGGCCAAACCUCCUAAUCUCAUAAAGCAGGAGGUUGAAACUGAAUACAGAAACAAACAAGACAUGGUAACAUUCAAUGUCGAAAAUAAAGAUCUCAAGAGCGACAAAGAUGUGUAUUUUGCGUUACCCAAUGGCGGGCAUAUGCCAGAGGUCAAUUGGCAGAAGGGAUUGGAUGAGAGACUUCAACAGCUGGAGGAGCGACAAAAGGCUUAUUCUGAUAAACUGAAGGAACACGAAGAGCUACUUGCGAAGCAGCAACAAGAACAUGAACAUACGGAUGAGCGGUUUACAAAUCGUGAGAAGGAAAUUGCGGCGAGAGAUGAAACGCAUAUUGACAGGCCGAGAGAACUGGAGAGAGUGAACGUAGAUCGAGAUGAUGAAGUAAAAUUGGAGAUAAACGCCGAGGACCCGAAGGAAAGGUACGAGAAUUUCUCGCAUGGUCAGGAGAAACCGUCGAACGCUGAAGAUGAAGAAGAGCAUCCUCAAAGGUACGAGUUUGAGGAUGAAAGAAGUCCUAAACAACACUUUGAGUACGAUGAAGAGCCGAAAAGACAAGAAGAGUAUGAAGACUUUCCUCCAAGACAUAGUAGCUACAACAAUGAAGAGGAACAAUCACUGCCAAUUUCAAGACAUGACGGUACUUCAAAAUCGGAAAGUCUGCAGAAUAGUUAUGGAGAAAGCUUAGAAGACCAGGGGCAGAUUGAUGAAAACAUUGCCGAUUACUUCGUCAAAUUCAAAGAUCCCAAUACGGGUUUAUAUAUCCCUGAAAAGACGCAGGAUUCGGAGAAUUACAAAACGGAAUCAAAGCCCUGGUGGGAAAGGAAUCACGAUGAACGGAAUAGGGAAGAUUUUGACGAUCACUUGGCACAACUGAAGGAAAAGUACUCUUCGCCAGCUCCAGAACUGAAGUACGAAGAGUAUGAACUAGAAGAUAGGCCCGAAGAGAGCACGCAAUCGGCAGAGAAAUUGGAGAACGCUAACGACCAGGACGAAUCAGCACCCCAGCGUAACGAAGGCUCGAAAAGUCCUGAUUACUCGGAAUCUUAUGGCCCAUAUGAGCCUUACAUGAAAAAUCAAGAGCCAGAUUAUGAUCUUGAAAGCUCAACUCAAGCGUCGGAUGUGGAUCAAAGCCCUAAAUCUGAAUUGAAACAAGACUCAGACGGAGAAUCGGAGGACAAGAAUGAGAAAUCAAAAGACGAAAGCUCCACCGAAAAGAAAGACAUACCUUUGUAUCAUUUCGACUUCAAGAGUUUUAUGCCUUACUAUUCGCCGGUUACGUACGUUUAUGGUCACAAUGACGGUAUGACUGGCUUAGAACGAAUUAUGUCUUACAAUUAUAAUUCAAAGCCAAAAGAGGCUGAAGAAUCUGAGAAAGAAUCGCCGGUGGAAAAGAAAAACCCAAAUGAGGAUGAACAGGCGUCGAUUGGACUGCCACAGAAACUCACUAUGAAAAGUCUUCACGAUGGUGAAUCCAAAGAUAUUCAGGCUUGGCCAGCUCCGUUUGACUUCGUAUUUGAUAGCACCGAGCAAACUAACGUAGCUGAACUUCCGCUAGUUGAAUCCACCCCGGAAACUGAUAUUCCUGUUGAAAGCGCAUCUCCUAAUGCAGGUUCCAGCGAAGGCGAGCAAACUAAACCUGUACAAUAUUUCGUGCCUGGGUACGACUCUGCCUCUAAAACGAUGCGUGGUAAAUAUCAACAGAAAAAUGAACAGGAACCUUAUAAAGAAUAUUCUUCCGAACCUCGGAACGCAGAGAACGAAUACCCGAGACUUGCGAGUGGCCAGGAAUCGGAUACAACACAGGAACCACACGCGCCUUACUUCCCAUCAGCUAGAUACGAUUCUCAGGAAAGUAGGGCGCAGGCUAGCCAUGACACAACGCGGUCGCGAGAUAACAUUCAAGAACAGCGUACUGACCAACCGUCUGAAGUAGAGAAUCAUCGGUAUACCUCUGACGAAUACCCAUAUGCGAAUCAUCAAAGUAAUUACGAAAGCCGUGGACCGAAUGCCAAUUCGCAGCACGUUCAAGUGUCCUCAAUCCCUUCAAGUCCUUCAAGUCCACAUCAGUAUGAACCUAGGGAGUCAUACCAGAGACAAGCUACUAACGAAGGAGUUCACAUACCCGGAAAUAAGGACGGUAGUCAGUUUGGAAAAAAAAUCUAUGACCAACCGGGUCGAGAGCCAAUUUUCAGUCAACACUACACGCUGGCGAAACCUCGUCUCAACGGAAGAAGAUUCGAUGAGAGCACGAACGAGCAGCAUCAGGCGCCCGUCCAAAUACACUCCAUGCCUCAUAUCGAGGACAAGUCAACGCUUAGAUUUGAUGAUCCCAAAAGUGCUCACGACUUCUUUGGCUUUAGUCAAAACGAUUAUGAUUAUGAGAAUGGUAAGGGGAGCGAAAAGUCACAGGAAUUGAAGGAAAUGAAUCCACCGGCUGCCAAUGAAGAAGUGUUGGAUCUACUCGUGGUCCCAGAACCGGCACCCUAUCAUUAUGAUGAAAAGCUAACGGAGUUCACUGACCAGCCUGAAAGUGAUACUGAAAAGGUCAAGGUCAAAGAGUACAGGAACAAAGUCGCAACGGUUACGGUUUCCGAAAGGAAACAACUUAGCCCGGAGGGUCCGGUACACCUUACUGGAUACACUCAGCAAUAUUGAAAAUACUUAUACUAGUUAGCAGUGUUGUAUAAGAAAAUAAGAUAAUACAGUUAUCUAAGACGAUUGUCUUACUUAAAAUUAUCUAGAUAUUGUACAACACUGGUUAUAUGAAUAUUUUUUGUUUGUUCGUUAUUUUUGAACUUGAACCAUCUGUUUCGUAUAUUUUGUAAGAGUCUUUUGAAAACAAUCGUUAUAAUUUUUUUACCAUACGCCCUCAAUGGAGGAGAUAAAAUUCUUCGACUUGACUAAAACAGUAAUUAUCUCGUGAUUUCCUGAAUCUAACUAAAUAUUAGCUUAAAUCACCCAAUGGUUAUUUGCAUCAAUUAAAUUUUUUUACAUUAAAUACAUAUUCUGGAGAUUACGGAGCAGUUUCUAUUUAGAUGUGAUAAUAAAUUUCUCAUCUUUGCAGUGAAUACGUAGAGUCUGUUCGAAGUUCUUUUGCAUAUCUGUAUAACAUGAAGCUCCAGCAAAAGUUUUUAGAAGGUGUUUCAGUCAACCGAUCGCUUCUACGCUCGAGGUAUUUAACCGUGGUAUUACAUAACCGACAUUAAGAGUUGUUACGAUAAUCCAUUUCACUCUUUCGCAAAACUUUGAACCCAUAUCAAAUUUUUCGUAAGAUUGUCCUGCUAUUGUCGGAAGGUGCCCUCUGGACAGCUACUCAAAAUAUUGCACAGGUUUUUGAUCAAUUUUCUUCGCCACGAGAUGCCUUUGAGAUUGCACGCUGCAAAUUAUUCGAUUAUUAAUUUACGUGACAAUUUAUCGGUCCUCACUGACUAGAACACACUUCCUAAAAUCAAAACGAACAUAUCAAAAAAAAUUUCAAAUCGAAUCGACGUUUCACAAGAGAAUGAGGGGGAUUCUCGUAAAAACUCUUGAAUCAGGCACGUGACACCACGCUCAAGAUAUCUUGACACAUGCAAUGAUCUUAGGAAAAAAGUCACCUUCACAAUUUAGCAACAAACAACUGUGGGGAUAUCCUUACUGUAGUGCAUAUUGUUAUACUUGCCGAAACAAAAUUUAUGUACAUAUUUUGUACAUCUUUGAAUCGAACGAAUUUUUUAUGUGAAAAUUUUUCAAUGUAUAUUCAGAGGAUAAUAAAUAAACCCGUCUUCAAAUUAAAUUUCAAGUUAGCUUCUUUAUACGUUAAAACACUGAGUCAGCCAAGGUCAGCAUCGCGUAGUAAUUUUCAUUGGCAUCGAAAUUUUGCUUCACGCAAAUUCGGUUUCGAAAUGGCUGAUUCUGAAAUCAAGCGACAGACUCAAAAAUUAUAUCGAAGAAUUUUCUUUCAAAUACCGUUCAAAUAUGAGUUGCUGUAAAACAAAAAUCAAUCAAUAGUAAAAAGCGAUUAAAGACUUGGAUGAGUUUGAAAAAGUUGUUGUUUUUUGUAGCAGAUGAAUAUUGUUGUUGCUGUUAUUACUAUGGUAAUUCUAAUGAUGAAUUCACAAAUCCACAGCUCCUAGAGUUUGUUGAUUGUUUAACGGGAGCUGUGUUAUGUUUAAGUAUUUAGGGUAUAACUAUGAAAAUUAAUGAAAAACUAAUCUUAUGUAUUAUAAACGGAUGUCGCCUGGCAUUUUAUGUCUGACAAUAAAUCGAACU